AUGAAGAAGGUCUUCCUCGCGGCCGUCCUCGCGGCGCCGAUGAUCGCGGCCAAGAGCAUGGAGGCCGAUCGGUCUAGCGUCUACGCUUACGGCGAUGACGCGGACGCCGCCUAUGGUGACCGCCAAGACAGCGACGACACGAAGGGUGGCCUCCGCAACUUUGUCGACGACGACGAUGCCUACGCCACCGAAGGCUACGUGCACGGCUACACACAAGGCUAUGUUCACGAGCACGACAAGCACCUCGCACCAGGUCCGCGUGGCAAGACGGGCGACCAGGGCAAGCCUGGCAAGAAGGGCGACCGCGGUGCGCGCGGUCCUCGAGGCUACGAGGGCGACAAAGGCGAUCGUGGCAACAAGGGCGCCAAGGGUGACAAGGGAGAGCGCGGCGAGAACGGCAAGCGCGGCGACGAAGGCCCGAAGGGCAACCAGGGCCCGGAAGGCAAGCAAGGACCUCCCGGCCCCAAGGAGCGCGGCGAGAACGGCAAGCGCGGCGACGAAGGCCCGAAGGGCAACCAGGGCCCGGAAGGCAAGCAAGGACCUCCUGGCCCCAAGGGUGAUGACGGCGACCAUGAACACGAAGACAAGCCGGCGGACAAGCCCGACAAGCCCGACAAGCCCGCCGACAAGCCCGACAAGCCCGCCGACAAGCCCGACAAGCCCGCCGACAAGCCCGACAAGCCCGCCGACAAGCCCGACAAGCCCGCCGACCCGGCCGACAAGCCCGACAAGCCAGCCGACAAGCCUGACAAGCCCAAUCUGCUCGGUGUCUAUGGCCGUCAUGUUCUUUUGGAGAAUGAAUCGGAAGGCCAUGGCCGUGGUGACGAUGACGACGACGCCUCUGACGACAAGAAGGCCGACGACACAAAGGGCGGCCUCCGGGACUUUGUCGACGACAAUGACGCCUAUGCGACCGAAGGCUUUGUCCACGGCUACGUCCAAGGCUACGUGCACGAGCACGACAAACACCUCGCUGCGGGCGCUCGCGGCAAGAAGGGCCAGCAAGGCAACACGGGCGACAAGGGCGACCGGGGCCAGCGUGGUCCUCGCGGCAAUAAGGGCGACAAGGGCGACCGCGGUAUCAAGGGCCCGAAGGGCGACAAGGGCGACCACGGCGAGAACGGCAAGCGCGGCGAUGAAGGCCCGAAGGGCAACCGGGGCCCGGAAGGCAAGCAAGGUGCCAAGGGCCCCGAGGGCGAUGCCGGCGACCACGAACACAAAAACAAACAUGACAAGGACGACGACUCGAAAGACGUCAAGUUUGGUCUCUUCUUGGAGACGGCGCCGUAUGCGUCCAAGGGCCAGGUGUACGCGCCGCCGAAGGGCAAGCCCCAAGGCCGCGCCACGACGGCGCCGCCGCUUGCCAAGGGCGAGAAGGAGUUCAACCAGUUUUGGAGCUCGGCCAAGUUUUGCGACGCGGAGCUCGCGCUGACCGAGUGCCUCAUCCAGUGCAACGUCAUCACCGACUUUGCGUCGUCGAGCCGAGUCGCCAAGUGCAUCCAGCGCUUCUCCAACACGCUGUGCCCGACGCUGCCGGCCGACGGCUGUGACACGGGGCGCGUCACGCUCUCGCCGCAAAACUGCUCGAGCGAUGCAGUGGUCGCGGCCAUGUACACGAUUGGCGAGAUUCAAAAGACGACGAUUGGCAACGAGAAGGCGCCGGUGGACCUCUACAAGGCCGACAACCCCGACUCGUUCUCGGCUAUCAAGCUCGCGGUUACGAUGCAGGCGCUGGUCAACUAUGGCAACUGCGUCGGCGGCUCGCUGCUCAACUACGCCGACAAGUGCAAUGCCCAGAAUUUCUUCAACAGCAACACCAACACGUGCGUCAACGACAUCCUCGCCACGUGCAACGGCAAGGCGACGAACGAAGCGACGACGCGCAACCCGAUCCAGCUCGGCGACAUCCUCACGACACCCAAGGUGCUGCCGGGGCCGCCGACGACGACGGUCUCGCCGUCUCUCGCUUUCCUGAGCGAAGACGAUGCAUCCAAAGAGCGCUUGUCGGCCAACGACUACAUCCGCGACCACCACACAGAGGACGCCAAGGAAGUCGAGAAGCUCAGUGCGCUCAUCAAGGGCGCGGACGCGAUCGAGUACCGCAAGGUCGAGGUGACGAUCACGGAGCACAAGUCGAGCGAGAACGAGGCGGGCCUCUCGGUGUGCCCCAACAGCUACACGCCGCUCAACUACCGCCUCCCGUUCGCCAAGGCGUUCAAGCCCGAGAUGUUCAGCGCGGUCGGUGGCAUCCCAGCCUCGGUGGUGCCGUACGACGUGCCGGGUUUCCCGCUCGACGACAUUGCCUUUCACUUUCCCGCGCAAACGUUCGACCCCAAGACGCUGACGUGGAAGCCGGCGGUGUACGCCAAGGGCACCGCCAACCAGUUCCCCGAAGGCACGCCGCUCGACCCGCUCACGCCCAAGGGCGGCAUCCGGGACACGUGCGAGAAGUUUCACUUCCUCUCGAUGCUCGCGUGGUUUGCGGGCGAGGACACGGGCGACUACUGCUUCACGAUCGACGGCUACACGGCCGAGUUUGUCGAGUCGGGCGAGGUCCACCCGCUGAGCUGGGACGAAGUUCAAGUCGAGAGCCGGUGCUCGGACACGCAGGCACUGACCGCGCGCCAGAACGCCAUCAAAGCCGAAGUCACGGUGCUCAAGACGGCGCCCAAGGACGCCAUCAACGCCCUCUCGACCAAGCUCGCGGUCGACCAAAGCGCCCUCCUCGGCGUGGCGGUCGCGACGCCAGGGUGCGCGUCGUGCUACAACAUCAAGUGGCGCGACCCGGCGUACUGCCCGCGCCACAUUGCUCGCUUUGGCAUGCAGCUCCGCUGCUGCAAGUCAUUUGCCAACACGAUGGACGCCCGGAUCGCCAAGACGCCGAGCAAGAAGCGCGUCGCCUGCGGCUCGUACUCGGACGAGUGGGACGGUGUGUGCACCGCCGAAGACAACCUCGAGUUUUCGCAUACGGUCUACUCCAAGGUCGGGAAGGGCGAGCUCCAGCCGCGCACGUCGUCGUACUACACCAACAAGGACGGCGUGAGCAACAAGGUGCUGCAAAUCUUUGCCAUCUUCCAAGGCGCGCUCAAGAACCUUAGCGCCACGCAGCAAAAGCUCUUCUUGGAGGUGCUCGCGUUCUUCAACUGGAACACCGACUGCAGCGUGGACGCGGCCCUGACGUUCGACCGGCCGACGCGCACGACGUACGUCAAGGUGCCGGUGGCCGACGACACGGCGAUCUGCAUCGACAAGCCCGACCACUCGUACAUCACGGGCAACGCGUGGUGCGACGCCGCCAACUCGCUCCUGCAGACCAACGUCGACUGGUCGACGCUCCUCGGCCUCGAGCCCAAGGACGGCAAGUGCUACGCGCCCACGUGCCUCCUCUCGCGCUACGUGACGUGCUCCGAAGCUCCGGUGCCGGCGCCCAAGACGAAGGGGUACUACGUGCCCCACGCCCGCGAGUACACGGCGCCCGAGAGCUACGACCGCAAGCUCCUUGCCGCGCCGAAUGGCGCCAACGUGUACACGCUCAGCGCGAUGGGCUUUAUGGCCGGCAUGGCCGCGAUCGUCGUCGGCCAAGUUGUCCUCGCCGCGCGACGUGACGAGAGCGCCGAGUCGCCGUACCACCAGCAGCUCUUGUAA